AUGUUGUUAAAGCUGAUUUCUCCCCCAUCAAACAUACAGGCCUGCUACAUCGCCUGCAGUAUCGACCCCCAGUGUUUCUCGUACCUGUACAGUGAGGGCGAGUGCAGCCUGUGGUUUGUGCUAGGUGAAGUAGUGGACACCAGCACAAACCAGGACACCAACGCUUACGUCGGCUGCUACAUGGGAACUACUACAGCAGAGACAAGCGCCAACACUACCACCAGUGACAAUACUGCACCUACAACAACCACAUCUUCGAGAACCACACCUACUAUAACAACCACAGCAACGACAACUGAAUCGACAACAACAACUUCUACGAAAACAACCACACUUGUCACGACCGAACAGACAUCGACCACAUCUAUGACAACCGAACCGACCACAACUUCACCCUCGACAACCGAACAGACACCGACCACACCCUCGACAAACGAACAGACACCAACCACACCUACAACAACAGAACCGACAACAACUUCACCCUCGACAACCGAACAGACACUGACCACACCCUCGACAACCGAACAGACACUGACCACACCCUCGACAACCGAACAGACACCAACCACACCUACGACAAUAGAACCGACAACAACUACACCAUCGACAACCGAACAGACACCAACCACACCUACAACAACAGAACCGACACCAACCACACCCUCGACAACAGAACCGACGACAACUUCACCCUCGACAACCGAACAGACACCAACCACACCCUCGACAACAGAACCGACGACAACUUCACCCUCGACAACCGAACAGACACCGACCACACCUACGACAAAAGAACCGACACCAACUUCUCCCUCGACAACCGAACAGACACCGACCACACCUACGACAAAAGAACCGACAACAACUUCACCCUCGACAACCGAACAGACACCGACCACACCUACGACAAAAGAACCGACAACAACUUCACCCUCGACAACCGAACAGACACCGACCACACCUACGACAAAAGAACCGACAACAACUUCACCCUCGACAACCGAACAGACACCGACCACACCUAAGACAACAGAACCGACCACAACAUCACCCUCGACAACCGAACAGACACCAACCACACCUACGACAACUGAACCGAAAACUUCGCCCUCAACAACCGAACAGACACCGACCAUACCUACGACAACUGAACCGACAACAACUUUACCCUCGACAACCGAACAGACACCGACCACACCUACGACAACCGAACCGACAACAACUUCACCCUUGACAACAGAACCAACAACAACUUCACCCUCGACAACCGAACAGACGCCGACCACAUCUACGACAACCGAACCGACAACAACAGCAAACACAUCUGCAAUAGCCAUACUAACGUCAACACCCCUACUCUCCACAGCAACCACACCCGCAAUAACAACAAUUACUACAACAACAUCCAAGACAACUACCUCACCUACAACAGCGACAUCAUCUCACACAACCACACCUAUAACAACAACCACAUCUACCACAACCACACCCAGGACAACAACCACACACACACCAACAUCACCUCUAACAGCCACAACUACGACAAUAACCACACCUACAAGAACAUCACCCACCAGACGACGUUCGACUAGGACUAACCCUGCCACAAAAACCAAAACCAGCAGAAAACCAAGAAGAACGACUACCACUUCGCCUACCACACAAACGACACCUACUAGCAGCUUCAAUUGUUUCGACUGCAGUGGUUUGAUUUUCAAAGAUCUUUGCCCUAUGAAGGCAGAAAUCCAGCUCUUUACCAAGCUGACCCCAUGUCGUGGGCCCUGCAUGUCCACCUUUUCCCCCACCCUGCUUGGCACUUAUGUGGUCCGUGGAUGUUCAGACGGCAAGUUCCCAGGUCUACGUAUCCCAGCCAAUGGCUGCCUGACUUACAAGAAGGAAGUCACGUGCUUUUGUACUGGUGACCGCUGUAACACUAGAAACAUGGUGCAGGAGCAGAGCAGAAAGGGAGAGGAACGUCACGAGAAGAAUUCAAAGCGCAGAAAAUACAUUUGAUAUUGUGACAACUUA